CACUCAGUCCUUAACCCAUACCUCGUCGUCGCUGUGUCGUCCUUUGCAAAAGAGAACCGAGAGCACUGGUAACCAGAAAUCACACCUACAGCGAGACUCUCGAGAAAAUCUGCUUGCGCGAACUAGCAGUUAUGGUUGACGAGCACGAGACGCAGCAGCAGCAGCAGCAGCAGCAGCAUAGUGGCUUUCCACGCCCGUCUGGUGGCUGUCCCGCGGAUCCGUCGCCCGACAUUCCCGUCGAAGACACCCCAGCGCCGGCUAAUCGCUCGAGGCUAACGCCCCCAAAGGCGCACUCGGCGCAUUUGAAGUCAGUCAGGCCGAAACAUCGACAAGGUUGCGUAUGCGCCGAAUCCAUAGUCGGCGAACUGGACAACCAGACUUGUGACUAUUCAAACAACGGGGAGAGAUCCGUUGAAUCUUGUCACGAUGAGCUAUUGCCCCCGCUUUGCGAUACCGCGGCGCGUUCCAACAGAGAAUGUCCAUCCUGUCAUGGUUCUAUGCGCCAGGAGCCAUGUCUCUGCAGAGGAGUGCAGCUCGAUUCCACCGAGGCGGACAAGGCGGAGAGGACGUCCAAAUCCACAAAUUCCAGUUUAUGGCCAUUAGUAGGCGCAGGCGACCAGUUCACGGCCUCGAACCUUACCCUCUCCUCAAAAUAUCCAACCAACAUCGCCUUCGGUGACGAGGUCACCGGGGGGGAUGAUGAGAUAGCCCGGGAUCAGCGGCUGGACAUUGCCGAAAAGGCCACCCCUUCAAGCUCAAUAGCCGCAGGUCCGGAGAGCGCGGACACUGGUGUUGACCUGAGAACGAGGACUCUCUCCGACGGACAGGCAUGUUACCCGCCUCAUGAGGCGUCACUCGAUGGGAUUGACGACGACGGAAUGACUGGAUGGGUGCUGUUGACAACUGAGUAUCGUUCUGACGGCAGUACUUAUGGAAGUGUCUCCGGAGAGGAGGUAUACGCAAGUGACACGCCGACUUGCGCUGCUAGCACUACUGCAAGUGCUGACUCCUUCAAUCCGGUAGAGUUGGCAGAAUGCGUGGAAUUUCGAGCUCACGCAGAUGACAGAGGUAAAGGCAAAGGUAAAGUGUCUAGCGAAAGAAACACCGACCACAGCGAGGGUGUCCCUGGUAGUCCCAGCGGGCAGAAAAGGGGCGGUCGGGACGAGGGUGUGGGUGGUCGAGGAAAGCGUGCCAAAAACAACCCGCCUGUGGACCAGCAGCGUGACGACUCUGAUGGUGAUAGCGAGAAGCGUUUCGCGUGCCCAUUCUUUAAGAAUUCUCCGUUGGAGCAUGGAAAGUGCAGGAUGUGGUCGGAUCCAAGUCUCUCUCGAGUCAAGUCUGUGUUCCCCAGAAAAUGGCCCCCCUUCAUCCCACCGCUGACUCUUUGUGCAGAGGACACGUACUCCGGGUUCAUUUGAAGCCUCUUCAGUGUCCUAGGUGCGGGACGUUUCGCGCCGGCGAUGAUGCCCAGGUCAAAACGCACCUGCGCGAUACCAACUGCGAGAAGCCCGCGACAUUUGUUCCUAUUGACGAUAGUACUGUCCGGAAAGGAAAAGCUCUAAAAAGAAGUUCCAAAAAAUCUAUGACAUGGCAACAAGUUUAUAUAGUAUUAUUCGAUUGUCGGCAGAGCCAAGUUCCGUCGCCGUGU